CUAAUAUUACGACAAGAUCCUUUUUUAGGUUUGUCAACAACAAAAAAAUGACAUAAAGUAAGAUUUUUGUCUUGUGUUUUGUCACAAAUAUUUGCAUAAUUCAAUAUGGGAAAGAGUCAAACGUUCAAAGAUCGGCCCAAACCACCGACACCAGAGCAGAUUUUGAAGGAUUUGUCCUCUGCAGAUGGGAGUGACGUCAUUUUCCAUCAGCAGUAUCCAGCGCAUGUGUCAGCUGCAGCUUCAGUGCCAUCAGAGAGAUUGCAGGCGCAUUCAAGUGGGGAGGACCAUUCCAUCCAAUCACCUGAUGAGAGCAGGUCACAUGACCAAGCGGUUGUAAAUUUUACAUAUGAGCAAGUGAAACAGCUCAUUACCUUGUAUACAAAGUUGAAAGAAGAGCCCAAAGAGAUGAACAUACUGUAUGAAAAACUAGAAAAACUUGGGGAUGAAGUUUCUUUAUCCAUUGAAGAAUUGAAAGCAGCUGCUGAAAAUGUUUUGUUAAAAACUAAGAAAACAAAGAAAUAAAAUUGUUCAAGGUUG